AAACAGAGGUCGCACGGGAUAUGGUUGCGGCCUCGUUAAACAUCAGAGCUCGAGUAGAGAGAUUCAAUGGAGUUUCGAAUUUUGGCAUGUGACCGAAUGUUGUCACGCCGCCUUCUAAUCCUCACUCGGACUCUCAAACUCUUCAAACUUCAUUUUUAGAGGACUACCUGGUCGACAUCAAAAUGAACGCCGGAAUACAGAACAUCGUCAUUUCCCUUGGCGCGAUGCAAGUUGCCCGUCGAAUUCCAUUCGAUGACCCAGAAGUUCUCAACUAUGUACGGAUAGGUUAUGUCGCAAGUCAAGUCAUCAUUUUGGGUGCAUACUUCUUUGUUUCCUACAAGGUCAGGCAAAAGAAUGACCAGACCGUCUUGAAAUAUGUCGAUGCUCAAAAUCCCAUGUCGCCCGACUCUGGAGGACUCGUGACUACGACGGUCCGUGAUUAUGACCUGUCCGAAACGUCGAAACUACUUCGUGCUGCGUACUUUGGUGUCGCCAUGAUGGCCUUCUUCCAUUUGUACAUGAAGUACACCCAGCCUCUCUUUAUUCAAGCUCUUAUGGGUUUGAAGAACCUAUACGAUGCAAAGCCUGUCGCUAUUCACAUUCUUGGGAAGCCCGCAGAGGGCGAUCUUAAGAGACCAUUCAAAACUCCAUCAAUGUUUGGAGCUGCCGCUGGUCCUCAAACAGACGCAGCAUCAAUUACAGAAGCAGAGAAGAAGAUUGGCGGAAAGAAGGAGGAUUAGGGAGUCCAUACUUUUGAUCUCUUGCUAUAUGGAUAUCUAUAUCAUUGUCCGUGACUUGUCAAUUCGGUGCAACACAUGCACUGUCUGUCAUGCAAAUUUGAAUGGACGGAAAACGGCAUCAGCAUAGGAAAUAUGAGAUGUC